AUGCUCAAGGCGUACAAGAACCUCUCGCCGCGGGCCCGCGCCGGCCUCGGCGCCGGCAUCAUCGCCUGGUCCCUCGCCGGCACGUACCUGUCGGACCGCGCCGAGGAAACGUUCGGCUUCGCGCCCUCGGACCAGGACAGGGAGGCCCUGUGGAAGUGGGCGCCGAAAAUCACGGCCGUGGAGAAGCCGAAGCCCAGUCCCGACGGGCGGCCAAGACCGUUCGCGUCUCAUCUACAGCCAUCCAAGGGACUGGCUUGGAUCGGUAUCAAGCAGCAGCUUCUUGUCACUCCCUCUGCGCAGCUGGGCGCGUGGCUUUUCUUCAUGUCGUCCAUCAUCACCCGCAAAGCUGAGAGCUUAAACAUUGUUCAAUUCCAUGGCUGCCGAGCAUAA